AUGCAGGUCCUUUCUAAGGCAAGCAGUACGGAGAUCCCUGGGAGACACCAGGGUGGGCUCAGUCUCACGGUUUUUGAUCUUCUUUCAUAUUCCAACAAGAGAAUGGUAACAAACUUUCUGCAACAAGCCCUCAGUGAUCCUACACUGAAUGAUGUGUACUUGCUCACAACACUCAACCUGCAGUCAAAGAGCACAGCCACCAUAUUUGGCCUGUAUUCGUCAGCAGACAACAGCAAGUAUUUUGAAUUCACAGUAAUGGGACGGGUGAAUAAAGUGGCACUUCGCUAUCUGAAGAGCAAUGGGAGGCUGAACUCUGUCGUCUUUAGCAACGUCCAGCUGGCUGAUGGGAAACCCCAUGCUGUCCUCCUGAGGCUGAGCGGCCUGCAGCAGGGAUCGAGCAUGAUAGAGUUGUAUGUGGACUGCCUGCAAGUAGGUGCCCUUCGGGACCUGCCAAAAGCAUUUUUGACUCUGUCUCAGAGGUCGGCGUCAGUAGAGUUACGCACUUUCCAGAAGAAGUCACAGGAUACACUAGAUGAGCUGAAGGUGGUAACAGGAGGAUCACUUGCUGAGGUGGGGAAUCUGCAGGAUUGUUUCCUUCAACAAAUUGAACCUGUUCCUCAGUACACUGGUGAUUUUAAUAGGCAGCUGAUGAGUCAGAUGAUGCAGAUGAACCAAAUACUGGGAGAUGUGAAAGACCUUCUCAGACAACAGGUCAAGGAAACAACUUUUCUGAGAAAUACCAUAGCUGAGUGCCAAGCAUGUGGUUUCGGGACUGUGAAUUUUCCAACCCCGCCUCCUAGGCGCCCUAAACCCAAGUGCGAAGCCAAUUCCUGCUUCAGAGGGGUCAGGUGCACGGAGACAGCCGAGGGAUUUCAGUGCGGCCCCUGCCCUGAAGGGCUCACAGGGAACGGAGUAACGUGCUCAGAUAUCGAUGAGUGCCGUUACAACCCCUGCUUCCCUGGAGUGCAUUGUGUGAACACCGCUCCAGGUUUCCGAUGCGAGACCUGUCCCCCAGGAUAUACAGGACAAACUGUGCAAGGGGUAGGACUCAUCUAUGCCAAGAGCAAUAAGCAGGUCUGCUUAGACAUCGAUGAGUGUCAGGAUGGUGGAGAUGGACUCUGUGUUCCAAAUUCCCAUUGUGUGAACACUUUGGGGUCUUACCACUGCGGGCAAUGCAAAUCAGGAUAUACAGGAGACCAAGCCAGGGGAUGCCAGGCUGUGAGGAGCUGCAGAAGUCGAGCCCUCAAUCCAUGCAGUGUCCAUGCCCGGUGUAUUGAGGAGAGGCGAGGCGAGGUGACUUGUAUUUGUGGCAUCGGCUGGGCUGGUGAUGGUUAUAUCUGUGGAAAAGAUGUCGACAUUGAUGGCUACCCUAAUGAAGAACUCUCAUGCUCGGCUGAAAGCUGCAGAAAGGACAAUUGCAGAUUUGUCCCAAACUCUGGACAAGAAGAUGCUGAUGGUGAUGGGAUUGGAGAUGCCUGUGACGAAGAUGCAGAUGGAGAUGGCAUUCCCAAUGAGCAGGAUAACUGUGUCUUGGCUCCCAAUGUUAACCAGAGAAAUAGUGACCAAGAUAUCUUUGGAGAUGCCUGUGACAAUUGCCGCAAUGUCCUAAAUAAUGAUCAGCGGGACACUGAUGGUGAUGGGAAAGGAGAUGCUUGUGAUGAUGACAUGGAUGGAGACGGUAUUAAGAAUCUUUUGGAUAAUUGUCAGAGGAUCCCCAACCCAGACCAGGAGGACAAGGAUAAUGAUGGUGUCGGCGAUGCCUGUGACAGCUGCCCUACCAUCAGCAACCCAAACCAGUCAGAUGUUGACAAUGACCUGAUUGGAGAUUCCUGCGACACCAAUCAGGACAGCGAUGGCGAUGGGCACCAGGACAGCACAGACAACUGCCCCACCGUCAUUAACAGCUCCCAGCUGGACACAGAUAAGGAUGGGUUAGGUGACGAAUGUGAUGAUGAUGACGACAACGAUGGAAUUCCGGACCUCUUGCCCACAGGCCCAGACAACGUCCCCAACCCAGGGCAGGAAGAUGAUAAUGGCGAUGGAGUCGGGGAUGUCUGCGAGUCUGAUUUUGACCAGGACACAGUAAUUGAUCGGAUCGAUGUAUGCCCUGAGAAUGCAGAGAUCACCUUGACAGAUUUUAGGGCCUAUCAGACAGUGGUGCUGGACCCAGAGGGCGAUGCGCAGAUUGAUCCCAACUGGGUGGUUCUGAACCAGGGCAUGGAAAUUGUGCAGACUAUGAACAGUGAUCCUGGCCUUGCUGUUGGUUACACAGCUUUUAAUGGCGUUGACUUUGAAGGCACUUUUCAUGUGAACACGGUGACAGAUGACGACUAUGCUGGCUUUAUUUUUGGUUAUCAAGACAGCUCUAGCUUUUACGUGGUGAUGUGGAAACAGACUGAACAGACGUACUGGCAAGCGACACCCUUCAGAGCUGUGGCCGAGCCCGGCAUCCAGCUAAAGGCUGUGAAAUCAAAGACAGGCCCUGGAGAGCAUCUCCGCAAUUCCCUCUGGCACACGGGGGACACCAACGAUCAGGUCAGGCUGUUGUGGAAGGACCCCAGAAACGUCGGAUGGAAAGAUAAAGUCUCCUACCGCUGGUUUUUGCAGCACAGACCCCAAAUAGGAUAUAUCAGGGCAAGAUUUUAUGAAGGCUCUGACCUAGUGGCAGACUCUGGUGUAACUAUAGACACCACUAUGCGUGGUGGACGGCUUGGAGUUUUCUGCUUCUCUCAGGAAAACAUCAUUUGGUCAAACCUGAAAUAUCGCUGCAAUGACACAAUCCCAGAGGACUUUCAGGAAUUUCAAGCUCAGCAAUUUGGUGUUGGUGAUAUUUAAGAAAGAAAGGCAAACUAACAUUGCUAUUGCAAACAAUAAAACAAUGUAUUUUAAAUCCUUAUAUGGUUGUUGUUGCAAGAGUGCAGCCCGCAGCUUUUUCUCAUUGAUGUAACUAUGUCAAACUUUUUUUUGUAUGAAAAUAAAAAGGAGACAAAA